UCGGCUGCUGCUGCUGCUGUUGUUAUGGUUGCUGUCGUGUGCCCAACUCCUUUCUGACUAAUGGCAACCCUGCCUAGCCUCCCUUCGCUAGCCCUUCUUUCUCUAACGCCCUUAUUUAAUCCCUUCUAUCUAAACCUCUAUCUAUUUACCCCCCCUAAGCCCCCCCCUCUUCUUCUCAAGGAUCCAGGGCUUCUCGGGGCUUUGCCCCCAUGCAAAAAGAAAAAGACUGACCCACAAAUCCCCCUUAUAAUUGGAAUAAUUGGAGGGACUGGCCUGGAUGAUCCUGACAUAUUAGAAGGUCGAACAGAAAAGUAUGUUGAUACACCUUACGGAAAGCCCUCGGAUGCUCUGAUUUUGGGAAAGAUAAAAAAUGUUGAUUGUGUGCUUCUAGCCAGACAUGGAAGGCAUCAUACUAUUACACCAACAAAUGUCAAUUACCGGGCCAAUAUGUGGGCACUGAAGGAAGAGGGCUGCACCCAUCUACUGGUGACAACUGCUUGUGGUUCAUUAAGAGAAGAAAUUCAGCCUGGAGAUAUUGUUAUCAUUGACCAGUUCAUAGACAGAACCACCCAAAGACCCCUCACUUUUUACGAUGGGAACCAUUCCUGCCUUCCAGGUGUAUGCCAUAUUUCAAUGGCAGAACCUUUCUGUGCCAAAACAAGAGAAGUCCUUAUGGAUGUUGCAAAGAAGCUUGGGAUCAAGUGCCACUCAAAGGGGACAGUAAUCACAAUUGAGGGACCACGUUUUAGCUCUCGGGCAGAGAGCCUAAUGUUUCGCAGCUGGGGAGGUGAUGUUAUCAAUAUGACUACAGUUCCUGAAGUGAUUCUUGCAAAGGAAGCUGGAAUCUGCUAUGCAAGUAUUGCUAUGGCAACAGAUUACGACUGCUGGAAGGAACAUGAAGAAAGUGUGUCAGUGGAUAAAGUGCUAAAGACAUUGAAGGAAAAUGCAAAUAAAGCAACCAGUUUACUCCUGACUUCUAUACCUCAGAUUGGGUGCAUGGAAUGGGGAGAAACCCUACAGAACUUGAAAAGUACUGUACAGACGUCUGUUAUACUUCCAAAACAUUGAAACCAUCGGAAGAAGACCAGCAAGAAGAUGGAUAUUUCAAGAACAUGAUAACAUCCUGAAAGAGUAUAGUUAAAACAUGUGAUGUUUCUUAUUCUUGUCUGCUGCUAUACCUUUUGUUUUGCCAUAAAAAUCUUACAGAGGCUCAGGAAAGGACAGUUCCCACCAGGCUGGGCCUGAAUUGGUUAUAGACGUGACAUUCCACAGGGUAUGGAUUUUAAUUGCAGAUAUGUAAUCAUCAUGUUUUAUUGAAAGAGGAGAGAAUAUUAAGAUAUCAAGGGCUGUUUUUACCACUCAUCCUAAAAAUUGCCAGACAAAGGUAAGACUAUUGUAGAGGCUCUUAACGUCUACAAAUGGAAAGAGCCCUAAAUAGCCCAAAUCCAAAUAUUAAUAGAUCAGUUGCAUUGUUAAGCCUUCUUUUAGUGAUACUUUUUUUAAACAUUUGAAGAAAUUGUUUUUGAUUAAAAUUGUUUAUGUAUGUUUGAUGCUCACAUUUGCCUUUGAAAAAAGAACAUGCUGCUGCAUUCAACAAAUAAAACCAAAUGUAACCUCCUGCUGAA